GUGGGUGAAGAGGCUGUAGAUCUAAACUCGGGAUUUUUCGUCUCACAAAAUUCUUAUGAAUCCUCGUUUGAACAGUAAUAGCAUAUAUAUAUCAAUUUCCGCAAAUUUCACACGUUGGCGUGUGAUUUUGGAUUGGCCCCAUGACAUCUAUACACUUCGUGGUACACCCGUUGCCCGGGACCGAGGAUCAGCUCAAUGACAGGCUCAGAGAAGUCUCAGAGAAGCUCAACAAAUACAACUACAUCAGUCAUCCACACCUUAGUCUUCUGGAGCAGGCAAACCUGAAACAAUGUGUGGUUGGACCAAACCAUGCUGGAUUUCUACUUGAGGAUGGGCGUGUGUGUAGAAUCAGCUUUGCCGUCCAGCCUGAUCGACUGGAGCUUAGCAAACCAGAUGGCAGUGAUGGUUCAAAGUUGAGCAGUGGUUCAGGGACAGGAAGGAGCUCCAGGCCAGGCAGGACUAGUGAUCCGCCCUGGUUCCUGUCUGGUUCUGACACACUGGGCAGACUGGCAGGCAACACCCUUGGGAGUCGCUGGAGCUCUGGUGUAAAUGGAGGCAGUGGAGGAGGUGGGAGUGGUGGAGGUACAGGGGGAGGAGGAGCAGGAGGUGGCAGCAGUGGAGGAGGUGGAGGAGGCGGGGGAGGAGGUGGUACCUCUGGCAGAUCGUCAACAGCAGCCCGAGACUCUCGUCGGCAGACCAGGGUGAUACGCACAGGGAGGGACCGUGGCUCUGGCCUUCUUGGUAGCCAGCCUCAGCCAGUCAUCCCAGCCUCUGUCAUUCCUGAAGAACUUAUCUCUCAGGCCCAGGUUGUCCUCCAGGGCAAGUCCAGAAGUGUGAUCAUUCGGGAGCUCCAGAGGACCAACCUCGACGUCAACUUAGCUGUCAACAAUCUGCUGAGCCGGGAUGAUGAAGACGGAGAUGAUGGCGAUGACACUGCCAGCGAGUCCUACCUGCCUGGAGAGGACCUGAUGUCCCUGUUGGAUGCUGAUAUCCACUCAGCCCAUCCCAGUGUCAUUAUUGAUGCUGAUGCUAUGUUUUCUGAGGACAUCAGCUAUUUUGGUUACCCCUCUUUCAGAAGGUCUUCACUGUCUCGCCUAGGAUCUUCCAGAGUUCUCCUUCUUCCCUUAGAACGUGAUUCAGAGCUGUUGCGCGAGCGUGAGUCAGUGUUGAGGUUACGUGAACGGCGGUGGCUGGAUGGGGCCUCGUUUGACACGGAGCGAGGCUCCACCAGCCGAGAGGGAGAACCCAGCUUGGACAAGAAGAGCAUCCCAGUGCAGAGCCCAGUCUCCCUAGGAGAAGAGCUCCAGUGGUGGCCUGACAAGGAUGGUGUUAAGUUUGUGAGCAUUGGGGCCUUGUUCUCAGAGCUGGUGGCUGUCAGCUCUAAAGGAGAGCUAUACCAGUGGAAGUGGAGUGAACCGGAACCCUACAGAAAUGCACAGAAUCCUUCAGUUCAUCACCCCCGUGUAUCCUUCCUGGGCCUAGGCAACGAGAAGAUCACCCUAUUGUCCGCCAACAGCAUUAGAGCGACUGUAGCCACAGAAACCAACAAAGUGGCAACUUGGGUGGAUGACACACUGAGCACAGUGGCCUCCAAGCUGGAGCACAGCACCCAGACCUUCCCUGAGUUGCAGGGGGAACGCAUUGUGUCACUGCAUUGUUGUGCUCUCUACACCUGUGCACAGCUGGAGAGUAGCCUCUACUGGUGGGGUGUUGUGCCUUUUAGUCAACGUAAAAAGAUGCUGGAAAAGGCUAGAGCCAAGAACAAGAAACCAAAGUCCAGCGCUGGCAUCUCCUCAAUACCUAACAUAACUGUAGGAACACAGGUGUGCUUGAGGAAUAACCCCCUCUACCAUGCUGGUGCGGUGGCCUUUUCUGUCAACGCUGGAAUUCCCAAGGUCGGCGUCCUAUUGGAGUCUGUCUGGAACAUGAACGACAGCUGCAGGUUCCAGCUGCGGUCACCAGAGAGCCUCAAAAACAUAGAAAAGACCACUAAGACCCAGGAAAUAAAAAUGGAGAGCAAGCCAGAGCUGGUGAAGACUGAGAUGGGCCCCCCUCCCUCCCCAGCGUCUACCUGUAGUGAUACCUCUUCCAUCGCUAGCAGUGCCUCGCUGCCCUACAAACGAAGACGCUCGACGCCAGCGCCAAAAGAGGAGGAGAAGGUUAAUGAGGAGCAGUGGCCUCUCAGGGAGGUGGUGUUUGUUGAAGAUGUUAAAAAUGUUCCCGUAGGAAAGGUGCUUAAGGUGGAUGGUGCAUAUGUUGCUGUGAAGUUUCCAGGGACCUCCAGCAGCAUGAGCAGCCAGAGCGCUGGUGCCCCCACUGACUCUGAUCCAUCAUCAUUGCUGCAAGACUGUAGGCUCCUCAGAAUAGAUGAGUUACAGGUGGUGAAAUCAGGUGGAACUCCCAAAGUUCCUGAUUGCUUUCAGCGCACACCUAAAAAACUCUGCAUCCCAGAAAAGGCUGAGAUUCUUGCUGUAAAUGUUGACUCCAAAGGAGUUCACGCAGUGCUGAAAACUGGUAACUGGGUAAGGUACUGUGUCUUUGAUCUGGCCACAGGCAAAGCUGAACAGGAGAAUAACUUCCCAACCAGUAACCCGGCCUUUCUGGGGCAGAGUGAGCGUAAUGUCGCCAUCUUCACUGCAGGACAGGAAUCUCCCAUCAUUCUCCGGGACGGAAAUGGCACAAUCUACCCAAUGGCCAAAGACUGCAUGGGUGGAAUUCGAGAUCCUGAUUGGCUGGACCUACCACCCAUCGCUAGCCUUGGCAUGGGGGUGCACUCUCUAGCUAAUCUCCCCUCCAACUCCACCAUUAAAAAGAAAGCUGCUAUUAUUAUCAUGGCUGUUGAGAAGCAGACAUUGAUGCAGCAUGUGCUGCGCUGUGACUACGAGGCAUGUCGGCAGUACCUUGUGAAUCUAGAGCAGGCCUUCCUGUUGGACCAUAGCAGUCAGGCUCUUGGAGCCCUGCUUGGCCACCGCUGCGAUGGCAACCGCAACAUUCUCCAUGCUGCUGUAUCUGUCUGCUUCCCUGUCAGUAAUAAGGAGACCAAGGAGGAAGAAGAAGCUGAACGUUCAGAGAGGAACACAUUUGCAGAGCGUCUGUCUGCUGUAGAGGCUAUUGCCAACGCCAUUUCUGUGGUCUCCAGCAACAGCUCUGGGAAUAGGACUGGCUCUUCUAGUAGCAGAGGGCUUCGUCUGAGAGAGAUGAUGCGACGGUCUCUAAGAGCGGCAGGCCUUGGCCGUCAUGAGUCUGGCCCAUCCUCCAGUGACCACCAGGACCCUGUGUCUCCACCUAUCGCCCCUCCCAGUUGGGUACCAGACCCCCCACCCAUGGAUCCUGACGGUGACAUUGAUUUCAUACUCGCUCCAGCUGUUGGUUCACUGACCACUGCCGCCACGGGAGCCAGCCAGGGACCUAGCACUUCCACCAUAGCAGGUCCAUCCACUGAGCCAACUGUAGUUGAAUCUAAAGACAGGAAGGCCAAUGCCCACCUUAUCCUCAAGCUAAUGUGUGACAGUGUUGUUCUGAGGCCACACCUUCGGGAGCUGCUCUCUGCCAAGGAUGCCCGUGGAAUGACCCCGUUCAUGCUUGCUGUGAGUGGAAGAGCUUACCCUGCAGCCAUCACUGUACUGGAGGCUGCUCAGAAAAUGGCCAAGGUGGGUGACCCCGGCAUUGCAGAGAAGGAGGAUGCAGACUCUGUGUUUAUGGAGAUGAUCUGCCCCUCGGGGACCAACCCGGAUGAUUCUCCUCUCUAUGUCCUUUGUUGUAACGACACCUGCAGCUUCACUUGGACUGGAGCUGAACACAUCAACCAGGAUAUCUUCGAGUGCAGAACUUGUGGUUUGCUUGAGUCUCUCUGCUGCUGCACCGAGUGUGCCAGGGUGUGCCACAAGGGACACGAUUGCAAGCUUAAAAGGACCUCUCCCACAGCAUACUGUGACUGCUGGGAAAAAUGUAAGUGCAAAACACUGAUAGCUGGACAGAAGGCUGCUCGCCUGGAUCUGCUUUACAGGUUACUCACCACCACCAACCUGGUUACCACACCAAACAGCAGGGGGGAGCAUAUAUUACUCUUUCUGGUGCAGACAGUUGCCAGGCAGAGCGUUGAGCACUGUCAGUACCGACCACCGCGCAUCAGAGAGGACAGGAACCGCAAGGCUGCCAACGCAGAAGACUCUGAUAUGCCGGACCAUGACCUUGAGCCUCCCCGAUUUGCCCAGCUGGCUCUGGAGAGGGUGCUGCAGGACUGGAAUGCACUCAAGUCCAUGAUCAUGUUCGGUUCCCAGGAGAACAAAGACCCACUUAGUGCCAGCAGCAGGAUUGCCCACCUUUUGCCUGAGGAGCAGGUCUACCUGAACCAGCAGAGUGGCACUAUCCGCCUUGACUGUUUCACCCACUGCCUCAUUGUCAAAUGUGCACCUGACAUUACGUUUAUAGACACCCUCCUGGGGACACUGGUGAAGGAAUUGCAGAACAAGUAUACUCCUGGUCGGAGAGAGGAGGCAAUCAAUGUCACUAGACGCUUUCUGCGCUCUGUGGCUCGGGUCUUUGUCAUCCUCAGUGUGGAGAUGGCCUCUUCAAAGAAGAAAAACAACUUCAUUCCCCAGCCAAUUGGAAAGUGCCGGCGUGUAUUCCAGGCUCUGCUACCUUAUGCUGUUGAGGAGCUUUGUAACGUGGCAGAGUCUCUGAUUGUCCCAGUGCGUAUGGGAAUUGCAAGACCCACAGCUCCAUUCACCCUGGCCAGUACCAGCAUUGAUGCAGUGCAGGGCAGCGAGGAGCUUUUCUCUGUGGAGCCUCUUCCACCAAGACCCUCACCUGACCAGUCUAGCAGCUCCAGUCAGGCAGCCUCCUCCUACAUCAUCAGGAACCCUCAGCCCCGGCGCAGCAGUCAAUCCCAGCCUGUCAGAGGCAGAGAUGAGGAACAGGAUGAUAUUGUCUCAGCAGAUGUGGAAGAGGUUGAGGUUGUUGAGGGUGUGGCAGGGGAGGAAGAUCACCAUGAUGACCAGGAGGAGCAGGGAGAGGAGAAUGCAGAGGCAGAGGGGCAGCAUGAUGAACAUGAUGAGGAUGGGAGUGACAUGGAGUUGGAUCUCCUAGCAGCAGCAGAGACUGAGAGCGAUAGUGAGAGUAACCACAGCAACCAGGACAACGCCAGUGGCCGCAGGAGUGUGGUCACUGCAGCCACAGCUGGGUCUGAAGCAGGUGCCAGCAGUGUCCCUGCCUUCUUUUCAGAGGACGACUCCCAGUCCAAUGACUCCAGCGACUCAGACAGCAGCAGCAGUCAGAGUGAUGAUGUUGACCAGGAGACCUUCCUGUUGGAUGAGCCGCUAGAAAGGACAACUAGCUCCUCCCACGCCAACAGCGCAGCCCAGGCACCCCGCUCCAUGCAGUGGGCUGUACGCAAUGCACCCAGCCAGAGAGCCACUGGCAGCACCCCCUCCAGCGCCUCCACGCCUGCCGCAAGCUCCACAGGUCUGAUCUACAUUGACCCCUCCAACCUUCGUCGCUCCAGCGCCAUUAGCUCUAGUGCUGCAGCAGCAGCGGCUGCUCUGGAGGCCAGUAACUCCAGUAGCUACCUUACAUCCGCCAGCAGCUUGGCCCGAGCCUACAGCAUCGUCAUCAGGCAGAUCUCAGACCUUAUGAGCUUGAUUCCCAAGUACAACCACCUGGUCUACUCCCAGUACCCUGCUGCUGUUAAGCUGACCUACCCGGAUGCCGUCAGUCUGCAGAACUAUGUUGAAGAGAAACUGAUCCCCACCUGGAACUGGAUGGUGUCUAUCAUGGAUUCCACGGAGGCUCAGCUGCGUUACGGUUCUGCCCUGUCCUCCGCAGGUGACCCCGGUCACCCCAGCCACCCACUCCAUGCUUCUCAGCACUCAGCUCGUAGGGAACGCAUGACCGCUCGUGAGGAGGCCAGCCUUCGUACCCUGGAAGGGCGCAGGAGAACUGCCACAUUGCUGACGGCUCGCCAAGGCAUGAUGUCAGCACGCGGCGACUUCCUCAACUAUGCUCUGUCCCUGAUGCGCUCCCACAAUGAUGAGCACUCAGACGUGCUUCCUGUGCUGGAUGUUUGCUCGCUAAAACAUGUGGCUUACGUCUUCCAGGCUCUCAUCUACUGGAUCAAGGCCAUGAAUCAGCAGACCACUCUGGAAACCCCACAGAUGGAUAGGAAGAGGAAUCGUGAGAUUUUGGAGCUGGGUUUGGACAAUGAGGAUUCUGAACAUGAGAAUGAUGAGGACACCAAUCAAAGUUCAACUCUGCAGGACAAAGAUGAGGACCCUGUUCCUGCUGAAACAGGCCAAAACCACCCAUUUUUCCGCCGUUCAGACUCCAUGACUUUCCUGGGCUGCAUUCCCCCCAACCCCUUUGAGGUCCCCUUGGCUGAGGCCAUACCUCUGGCAGACCAGCCCCAUCUCCUGCAGCCUAAUGCCAGAAAGGAGGAUCUGUUUGGCCGUCCCUCUCAGGGCUUGUAUUCCUCCUCUUACAUGGCAACCAAAGGCCUGGCUGAGGCGAGCAUGGACAGGAACUGCCUGGAGGUAAACAUGGGCUCCUCUCUACCCUCCUCCUCUCAGAUCCUGCCCACCAAGAUGUCCUAUUCAGCCAACCUGAAGAAUGUGAUGAGUAUGGAGACUUGCCAGCGGAGCAAUGAGGACCAGUCAUUGGCAGAGCAGGAGCUGGAGGCUCCCAAGCCAGGCCCCUCGCCGCAUGACCUUGCCGCCCAGCUUAAGAGCAGCCUACUGGCUGAGAUCGGUUUAACCGAGAGUGAUGGACCUCCUUUGCCAUCAUUUAGACCCCACUGUAGUUUCAUGGGGAUGGUGAUCUCACACGACAUGCUGCUUGGCCGCUGGCGUCUGUCGCUGGAGCUCUUUGGUCGUGUCUUCAUGGAGGAUGUUGGAGCUGAGCCUGGAUCGAUCCUCACAGAGCUGGGGGGCUUUGAGGUGAAGGAAUCCAAGUUCCGCCGGGAGAUGGAAAAGCUGCGGAACCUACAGUCCCGUGACCUGGCCCUGGAGGUGGACAGAGACCGGGACCAGCUCAUACAGCAGACCAUGCGGCAACUGAACACACACUUUGGCCGCCGCUGUACCACCACCCCUAUGGCUGUGCACCGUGUGAAGGUCACAUUCAAAGAUGAGCCGGGCGAGGGCAGCGGUGUGGCACGUAGCUUCUACACGGCCAUCGCCCUGGCCUUCCUCUCCAACGACAAGCUGCCCAACCUGGAUUGUGUUCAGAGUGUCAGCAAGGGCAUGCAGGCCAGCAGUACGUGUCAGCACGAUUACAACUCAAAUCUGAUGCAGCGGCUGAGGAACAGAGAUCGGGAGAGAGAUAGGAGAAGUGGAGGACUUCGUGCCGGCUCCCGAAGAGACAGAGACAGGGACUCAAGGAGGCAGCUCUCCAUUGACACUCGGCCCUUCAGGCCUGCUUCAGAAGGCAAUCCCAGUGACGAGCCGGACCCCCUACCUGCACACAGACAAGCCCUAGGGGAGCGGCUGUACCCACGCGUGCACGCAAUGCAACCGGCAUUUGCCAGUAAAAUCACAGGCAUGCUGCUGGAACUGUCUCCAGCUCAGCUGUUGCUGCUUCUGGCCAGUGAGGACUCUCUCAGAGCCAGGGUUGAGGAGGCCAUGGAGCUUCUUAUCGCACAUGGAAGGGAAAAUGGUGCAGACAGUAUAUUGGACCUGGGUCUGCUGGAGGCUCCAGAGAAAGCACAACAGCAGGAGAACCGGAAGCGCCAUGGCUCCACCCGCAGUGUGGUUGACAUGGAGCUGGACGACCCAGACGACGGUGAUGACAAUGCCCCCUUGUUCUACCAACCUGGCAAGCGAGGCUUUUACUCCCCCCGACCUGGCAAGAACACAGAGGCCAGGCUCAAUUGCUUCCGUAAUAUCGGCAGAAUACUUGGUCUGUGCCUGCUCCAAAAUGAACUCUGUCCAAUCACACUGAACAGACAUGUCAUCAAGGUGCUGCUUGGCAGAAAGGUGAACUGGCACGACUUUGCAUUCUUCGACCCAGUGAUGUACGAGAGUCUGCGGCAGCUUAUCCGUCAUUCACAGGCUGGUGAGGCGGACGCUGUCUUUGCUGCCAUGGACCUGGCUUUUGCCAUUGACCUCUGCAAAGAGGAAGGAGCUGGACAGGUGGAGUUGCUGUCUGGUGGGGUCAACAUGCCUGUGACUCCUCUAAAUGUUUAUGAGUAUGUGAGGAAGUAUGCAGAGCACAGGAUGCUGGUUGUGGCCGAGCAACCUCUUCAUGCGAUGAGAAAGGGUCUGCUGGAUGUACUCCCCAAAAACUCCCUGGAAGAUCUGACAGCAGAGGACUUCAGGCUGCUUGUUAAUGGCUGUGGAGAGGUCAACGUGCAGAUGCUCAUCAGCUUCACCUCCUUUAAUGAUGAGUCCGGGGAAAAUGCAGACAAGCUGCUACAAUUCAAACGCUGGUUCUGGUCCAUCGUCGAGAAGAUGAGCAUGACUGAGAGACAAGAUCUGGUGUACUUCUGGACCUCCAGCCCAUCUCUGCCUGCCAGUGAGGAGGGCUUCCAGCCAAUGCCUUCCAUCACCAUCCGCCCUCCAGAUGACCAGCACCUGCCCACAGCCAACACCUGUAUCUCCCGACUCUACGUGCCACUGUAUUCUUCCAAACAGAUCCUCAAACAGAAACUCCUGCUAGCCAUUAAGACCAAGAAUUUUGGUUUUGUGUAGCGGUUCGACAAAAGACAGUACAAAACACAAAACAUGUUUACUGUUGUGUAAUAUUUACUUAGCGCCAUUUUUGUAGAUUUUUUUGUCAAUACAAUUUUAUGAAAUUGACAUACUGUCGCUAUCUCUCCUGGCGGUAAUAUUUGUUUGUGUUGUAAACACAGACGGCUUGUUCUUUUUUUUUUCUUUAGUGUUUAUGAAGAGGUAUACAGUCCAGAACAUUCCUGCAUUGGCAUUGUAAAGAUGUAAAGCCCACAGCUUUGCUCUAUUGGCUGAAACAUUUUACUUCCCAGGAAUUUGGCUCGACAGCAAACUGUCUGCCGAAACCCAGCCAAAGAUAACAGCAGUAUUUAACAUAAAAGAAGAAAAGACACACUGUGAUUAUGAUUUCUUUCCCCUGCCCUGAAAAACAAAUACCUAAUAUCACUGACAGUUCACUGCUGCCUUUGUGGAAAAGUCAUUUUUUUCUUGUAUAGGGGGAGUAGGGAAUUUCAAAAUAAACUUGGACGCAAAUUAUGUAUUCGG